UCGGAGAAGAUAAACAAAAAGGAAGGAAGCCUUCGGCCACACAGUCGCGGCAAAAUCGGUUCAAAAUUUUAGGUUACAAGGCACAGUUACUGACUACAUGUGCUCUUUAAUUGUUUAGAUAAUUAACAAUAGGCGUUCACCAUCAUGGACGACGCAAUAAUAUUCCGUAUGAGCGCAUUUUCCGAGCAAGGGGGGAGGAAAUACAUGGAGGAUGUUGUCGAGAUAAGGAUCGAGUACGAGCCGACGGCGACGCCAGUCGAAGAUUAUCCAAAGUCGCAGAGACAUGGAGGACAGGGAAAAACGGAGAGUGAACCCACCAAACAGACUGAAAAUGAGACACAUGAGCAUGACGUUGCUGCCCACUCCGGUCCAGCUUCUGCAAUGUGGGUGGAGAGUCUAUCAAACGAGGACAGCGGCAACGACAGUGCACCGGCAUCAGACGAAAAAGUCGCAGAGCACGUAGUCGAUACUCGUAAGUCUGUGGCGUUUUUCGCUGUUUUCGAUGGUCACGGCGGUCGGGAAGCUGCGCAUUUCGCACAGGAAAAUCUGUGGGAUUUGUUGAAAAGGCAGCGGGGAUUUUGGUCGAAGGAUCACAAUGAAGUGUGUGCUGCUCUUCGGAAAGGCUUCAUCGCCUGUCAUCAUGCAAUGUGGAAAGAGCUACCGGAGUGGCCAAAGACUAUUACUGGCCUGCCCAGUACAUCAGGCACCACAGCCAGCGUGAUUGUGAUCCGUGGAGUUCACAUGUAUGUUGCCCAUGUAGGGGAUUCAGCAGUAGUGGUUGGAGUGAAAGAAAAUGACUCUGAUAUCACACUCCAGGCACUUGAAGUAACACAAGACCAUAAACCUGAACUUCCUAAAGAAAAAGAAAGGAUUGAACGACUGGGUGGCAGUGUGAUGAAAAAAUCUGGGGUGAACCGUGUUGUGUGGAAGAGGCCCAGACUGACCCAUAACGGCCCUGUGAGGAGAAGUACCGUCAUUGACCAGAUCCCCUUCCUGGCUGUGGCCCGAUCCCUCGGUGAUCUCUGGAGCUAUGAUUUCUACAGUGGGGAAUUUGUGGUUUCUCCAGAGCCUGAUACCACUGUGAUGACCCUUGACCCCAAACGGCACCGCUACAUCAUCCUCGGCAGUGAUGGACUAUGGAAUAUGAUGCCUCCCAAGAAUGCUGUUAACAUGUGUUAUAGCCACGACAAAAUGGUGGGACCAAAGGGAAUGUCCUGCGCUCGCCGACUGGGAUGCACAGCGCUGCUGUUUUGGAAAGAACGCAUGCUCCGUGCAGACAACACAACAGUUAUCGUCCUGGCCCUGCAGGAGCGCGGAGGACCACCUAUCCCUAUGCAUCGAGAUGAGAUUGUUGUUGACAUGGCUACUGGAAUUGACCAUGUUCCAUACCCUGGAACCCCUUAUAACACGUGUGAGGUCCCAAAGCGGAGUGAUGCAGUGAAUGCUCCCUCCCCAUUCAGAGAAAGUUCCACAUCUCUGGAGCAGGCAUUUGGGCUGUAUGAAGCAGCUUUCUGUGCCACCGCACAGCUCUUACCUGACAUUGACUCUGUGAGGGCCUCACAGCCCCCCUCAGACGGUUCAGAGAAUGUGUUCGAAAAGCAGGACUCGACAACCCAAAUGGACUGUGGUACUUCUGCUCCUCCGUUAAAGAGGUCUCGCCGUUCACCGCACACACCCCCCGAACUUGAACGUCCUCACCGUCGGCUUGGCCGGCCCCCCAACAAAGGUUUGCCCCAGAAGACACCUCAUAGCAAAGCACCAAGUGAACAGUCCCAUCAGACUCGUGCUCAGAAAAGAGAAAGAAGCUCUUCUGAGGAACGCAGCGUCCUUUCAGAGCACCACAACUCUGCCUUGUGUGUGUGCUGAAUCUUGUCUAUAGACUAGAAGGAAAAUCUGCAUCAUGUCUACUUUGCUUACGUACCAGGUGUGCCACAGGCCUAUUCCUAGAUGUAUACUUUUAUACAACAUCCUUGUUUUUGUACAUAUGUGAGAAAUUUGAGAUUGUAAAUGUGUUGAUGUUUUAACCUUUUAACCUCUCGCUCUUCCUCCUGCCCCCUCUUUAAAUUUGAGUGUUCGAAAAUUGAAAAUUUACAUUUUAGAUUUGUUCAAGCUAAACAAUCUAUUUUCAUACUUAUAAGUAUGUACAGUAUAUCCAAAAGAUAUAUUUUAAAAAAGAUGCAUCACUACAAUCUGACAUGGCAUCAGCUCACCAGAAUUGUGAUGCAUGUAAUCUUCCAGCCAAGACUUUUAUGAAUUGAAUUAACUAUUUUAGAUUGUUUUGACUUGUUGGAGGCUACAACAUGUCUUUCCUUGGGUAGGGUUAAUAUCUCAGACCACGUUUUUGGCAUCUUUCCUCUGAGAUGAAAUAUGCUACUAUUGUUGAUGGUUAGUUUUCAUCUCAUAUUGUUUAACUGCAAUGGAAGCCCCUUCUAGAAAUAAUAGUGCAGGGUGCAAAAAAUGGAGAGAAACAGACAAGCAUUGGUCUGAGGUAAUUAAUGCGGGUAUUGAUUCUAAGUUUGCAUUAUUUGUUUUGUGUGUCUGUCAGUGACUAAUUAUGUACUGUCGUGAUCACAAUUGUUACUGAGCUAAUUGGUGAAUUUUAUGUAUAGCUUGUGAAGAGGUGUUAAAGGGUCAGUUCACCUAGAUCAGAAAAAAAUCCAUUGUACAUUCUCUUUUUAACUAUAGUGGUAUUUAUCCAUAGGCAUAGAUGUGUGUGAUUUGAGUGAAUUGACCCUUUAAUGAUACUUACUUUUUUCUUUUUUUUUUUUUCUUUUUUCUUUUUUUUUUUUUGAAUAGUCAUAUUGUUCCAUUCCAAGCGCCUCCAUUUUUCAUCUGAAUCCUUGGGCCUUUCUCUAAGUACAUUUGUUUAAGUAGUGGAAGCAGAAAUACAGGUUUUUAGCUGUAUUGUGUGUCUGCAUAGUGUAAAAGCCAGGAUUUACCUGUACCUCAGUGAGACGUGGGUUUGAGUCUGUCUUGCCCUUGAUGUUAUUUUUAAGUGUCCACAAGGCACUAUCACAGUUCAAACAUGUCUUCCACUUUUUUCUCAUAUGGUUUGAAUCUGUAACUUGUGUUUUAAUCCACACAUAAAACACUUCAUAGUAUGUAUAUUAAAUACAGUAAGUGCCCGAUUCAUGGUGAAGGUUCUAACUUGUGUUAAUAUGGCAGCUCACUUACUGUUCUAGCUGAUUUGUUUGCCUUAUUUUUUUUACACAAGAGUGUCAUGGUUGCCUUAGCAUGCAUGAGUUGGAGGUGCUUUUGACCCAAACAGGUGAGAAUCUCUAGGAUAUGUCAUCCUAAGUGUGGCCAUGGCCCAGCCUCAACCAUCUUAUCAUGCACCUUCAGUUCUCCACCAGUGUCAUUCUACCAUUCACACUGCAGCAUACUAAACCUGCUCCAUGUGGUUAAUGUUUUCCAAUUAUACAGCAGAGCAGUCAGUUCAUUUUUGUACAGUACGUCAGUAUGCAAUAGAAGUUUGUACAGUACAUUAUUAUGCAAAGUAAUUGUAUUUCAGGAGUCUGGCAUGCUCAGAUCUACUCUGUAUGUUGUGAAGUGUCCAGAGGUAAUGGAUGUUAAUGAGCAUGUGGUGUGUUUUAAAAAUUACAAUACUUGGUACUUGGGUCUGGCUCCAUAUCCACUGCAGCCAGUUUUCAGGUCUAACUGUAUACCUUACAUGCUAUGACAGUGACUGGAUAUAUAAUGUCUGUGUGUUGUAAUAAAGUUCUCAUUUUUCAA